AUGUCGAAUAAAAAAGCUGUAGAAGCACUAAAUCGAACGCUCCAGGAUUCGCGCAGCAAUACCGAUGUAAUGGGAGGAAUGGUGGUUUUACUGGCUGGUGACUUUCGCCAAAAUUUACCUGUCAUUCAAAAGGGCACACCUGCAGAUGAAAUUAAAGCAUGCCUCAAGUCGUCUAUUUUAUGGAACAAGGUGACAAAAUUCAGUUUAACUACGAAUAUGAGAGUGCAUUUGUAUAAUGAUAUCAAUGCUGGAAACUAUGCUGGCACACUAUUAAAAAUUGGCGAUGGGCGGUUGGAAACGGAUGCUGAGGGCUGUGUUAAAUUGACGAGAGAUUUUUGUAAUUUAGUACAGAGUCAUUCCGAAUUAAUUGCGAGCGUUUAUUCAGAUUUAACGAACAACAUGCAUGAAGACGAAUGGUUAUGUGAAAGGGCGAUUCUUGCACAAAAAAAAUGA